AUGUUUCCAACGAUUACGGCAGAAUUGCCUAAAUUAGGUAAAACAGAAAUGGUCGUAAACGGUAUCGAGAUCCAAAAAAAUGCUUUUUUUGAAAGAGAUUCAUUCUGGAACCAUAUUGGAAAUUUCCUUCUUAUCUUGGUAUUGAUCGUUCUCAAACAUUAG